GGCUGCCUCAUUGGGACAAACUUCAGACUAGCGAAGCGAGCAGUAGCUGAACACAUUUAAGGAUUUAUUUAAAACAAUGGUGGCGUGAAGCGGCUUUACUUCAGCGGACUGCGAGUGAUGCGGAAGCGGAACAACUCAGAGGACAGCGGGACCACCGGCACUCUGCUGGACACAGACCCGGACCUGAAGCAGCGUCCCGCCAGGGGGGGAGCAGCGGGGCCCGCGGCAGGAGGCCGGCACGGCCUGGGAGAGGACGGAGGCAUGGGGAAGCCCUUCAGGAGAGAGACCGGUCAUUUCCUGUUUGUUUGUUUGUCUGUUAGGCACACAGUUCCUGCUCAAAUGUGGAGAGAAGCUCAGGGGAAACAAGGCGACUGGUACGACUCCACAUUUAGCUCCUCCCACUCCGUCAUCCUCUAUCUCCAUGGAAACGCAGGGACCAGUAACUAUGAUCAUUUAUUUUUCAGAGUCGCCACAAACCUGGUCAGACGUCUGUGUGACAGAGGAAGUCCUCCUGACGCUCUGAUCUUAGAGUCUCCGUUCACCAAUAUCAGAGAGGAGGCCAAGAGCCAUCCCUUCUCCAUGGUGUACAGAUACCUGCCCGGCUUUGAUUGGUUCUUCCUGGACGCCAUCACAGCCAACAACAUCCGCUUCGCCAGCGAUGAGAAUGUGAAUCACAUCUCCUGUCCAGUGUUGAUCCUCCACGCCGAGGACGACAGCGUGGUUCCUUUCCAUCUCGGCAAAAAGCUGUACACCCUGGCGUCCCAGUCGAAGAGCCUCAGCGGUCACAAGGUUCAGUUUGUUCCUUUCCCAUCCUCUCUGGCCUACAAGCACAAGUUCAUCUACAGGAGCCCAGAGCUGCCAAACAUCCUCAGUGAUUUCCUCGGCACGGCUCACCAACAGACGGACGACUCAGCCUGAGAACACACACACACACACACACACACACACACACACACACACAUUUGUUUCCUGACGAGACUGAAGGUUGUCGCAUGAAAUGAACAACAAACAUGUCAUUCCUUUUAUUUUCCAUUCCUCUCACGCCAACACUGGCUUCACAGCGCACUGGGUUGCCAUGGUAACUGGACUCACAGCGGAGUGUGUUUAACGUACUGUAGAUGGAGGAGGACGGUGAUCAAACCAAACUGGAGAACGAACAGAGACGAUCGAUCUUUUUAAUAUCUGAUCUUAUUGUGUGAUUUUUAAAUUUUUGUUUUGGGUCCAUCUGAUGGCGUUUCUUUUCUGGGUUUGAAGGCCUGUUAUGACUUGAAUAUGAAUUAUGGAUUAAAUAUUUCUUGUUUUAUGA